AAUGCCCGUUGCCGUUGAAUCUUCACCCACCAACCACCAAAGCCACCUUCCAUUUCCAUGAUUUUCUUCUCUCACCCUUUUUCUUAAUUGUUAAUGCUUCUUUCUCUUUGCUAGAUUCCUAUUGUCACAAUUCAGUUUUAUUCUCUCUCUCUCUCUAAUGGAGGCUAAGCUUUUAAGAGCUACCUUCUCAGUGCCUUCAAGACCCACUUGUGCUUUUGAUCUCACAAAUCGUAGGGCUUCAUUCUCCUUCAACCCCACUUCAGCUUUUGCCAAAAGAUGCAAUCUUUCUGUUCCGGCACAUUCGGCUUCCAUUGGAUCAGUGUCAGCAAAGAAAAGGAUUGAUGGGAGUGAAAACCUGACCCUUGAUCAUAUCAGACAUUCUUUAAUUCGUCAAGAGGAUAGCAUAAUCUUUAGCCUCUUGGAGCGAGCACAAUACUGUUACAAUGAAGAUACAUAUGACCCUGAUGCUUUCUCCAUGGAUGGAUUUCAUGGAUCGUUGGUAGAAUACAUGCUCAGAGAAACUGAGAGGCUUCAUGCCAAGGUGGGUAGAUACAAGAGCCCUGAUGAGCAUCCAUUCUUUCCUGAUGGCCUACCUGAGCCAUUGUUACCGCCUCUGCAAUACCCUCAGGUAUUGCACCCUAUUGCUGAUACAAUUAAUAUAAAUGAUAAAGUUUGGGGCGUAUACUUCAGAGUUCUUAUCCCACAAUUAGUAAAGGAAGGAGAUGAUGGUAAUUGUGGAUCCAGUGCUGUGUGUGAUACAAUUUGCUUGCAGACUCUCUCGAAGAGGACCCAUUAUGGCAAAUAUGUAGCUGAAGCAAAAUUUCAAGCUUCUCCAGAUGCAUAUAAAGAUGCCAUUUUAGCACAGGACAAGGAUAGGUUGAUGGAUAUGCUAACAUAUCCUGAAGUUGAAGAAGCAAUUAAAAGGAGAGUAGAGAUGAAGGCCAAGACUUUUGGGCAAGAAGUGGUUAUAAAUAUGAAGGAACAUCGAACUGAACCAGUGUACAAAAUAAAUCCAAGCUUGGUAGCUGAUCUAUAUGGUGACUGGAUCAUGCCAUUGACAAAGGAAGUUCAAGUUGCUUAUUUAUUAAGGAGGCUGGACUGAACAUAAUACGUACCUUUUUAAUUACAAUGUUCAUAUAGUAUUUGUCUUUUCUAAGUAAUAAUACUUGUAAUGAAUGUCGCUGAUUGGGUAACUAUCUUUGAAUUGUGACUAUAAAUUCUACCUUUUGUAAUUAACAUAUGGAGGAAGUUGAUAUUGUAUUCUUAUAUAGUG